AUGCCACAACCAAUUAUAAGUCAGUUCUUUUUGCCUCAUGCUCGAAGCCAGCAGAUGUCGGCUGAGAGUGAGGUGUUUUCUGACGACGAUUUGAUGGAAAUUUCGGAGAAAGUGCCUGAGCCACCAGGGGAAUCAUCAGGAGGCUUAUCAGGAGACCCAUCAGCAGAGCCACCCGCAGAGCCACCAGCGCCACAACGGCAGCCAAAUCCUUUGAAAAAGAAGCCAUCCAAGGCAGUUUCUGAUUAUUCAUAUGCUCCCAUUUCAGCCCCAAAAACGACCGGUUCAAAGAAACCAGACCCGAAACCGAAACGGGUGCGAGAAACCCCAGACGACGACAGAACGGUGAAAAAACCAGACAUCGCGGCCAGUGUUAAACUGACCCCAUUGGAACAGCAAUUUGUGGAGCUCAAGUCAAAUAACCCCGAGUCAGUAUUGGCAAUCAGAGUUGGCUACAAAUACAAGUUCUUCGGCGAGGACGCGAGGGUGGUGGCAGGGCUAUUGGAUAUCAUGUUGCUCGAUGGAAAGUUUUCCAUAGACCUGAAAAACCCACCACCACGCGACAAAAUGCACUCCAGAUAUGCCUAUUGUAGUAUUCCAGACAACAGGCUACAUAUUCAUUUGAAAAGGCUGCUUGGAGCCGGGUUGAAGGUUGGCGUCGUUGAGCAGACAGAAACAGCAGCACUCAAGAGCAACUCUGCCAAUAAGUCCAAGAUUUUCGAGCGAGAUAUAAGUCGCGUUUACACUGCUGCUACCUACAUUGACGAUAAUGAGGCUGGUGAGAGCAUUCUGUCAUUGGACCGGGGUGGAGGCUAUAUCCUUGCUGUUUCUGAGAGCGACGGCUUGAUCAGCGUUGUUGGCGUCCAUCUUCUUUCCGGCGAGAUUGUAUAUGACACCUUCGCAGAUGGGGCGAUGCAUAGCGAGUUUGAGACUCGACUGUUUCAUCUUUAUCCUGUUGAGAUUAUGGUUGUUGGAGAAAUUUCCCAUCUCACCAGCCGGACUCUGGAUGGAUUCAAGAGCCAUGUCUACAAACACGAUAAUGCUACUACCCUGAGAGUACUCAGCAGGGAAAGAGAGGUCACUGGAAUUUACUAUGACGAGUUCACCCGUCUUUUGGAAAACUCUCCGUCAACUCUGGAUCUUUUUCUGAACCAGUUGACCGCUGAUGUUCAACAAUGCUGUGCGCAAUUGGCAGUGUAUCUCAAAGAGUUCGGUCUAGCCUCCGUUUUCGAGGUCUCCUCAAAUUACAACAAGUUUGCAGAUUUGAACAGACGCAUGAUUCUGGAUGCGAACACUCUGCAGAACCUGGAGAUAUUUCGCAAUUAUACAAACGGAAAGGAAGUGGGGUCGUUGCUGUACUUGCUUGACCACACUCGGACCAAGUUUGGCGGACGUCUUCUACGAAAAUGGCUAUAUCAGCCGUUGAUGAACUACGAGGAUAUUGCUGGCCGUUCAGCUUCUGUGGAUGAUAUAUUAAACGGGGAUAAUCGAAGGAUUUUCGAGAGACUGGGAGGGUUUCUCCAUUCCACGCCAGACCUCGAAAAAGGGUUGGCCAAGAUUCAUUAUAAGCGAACCAAGAGAAAGGAAACGUAUAUUCUGGUGAGACAGUUCGUUGAGCUGAUUGGACUGUUUUGCAACUUUGAGACCUUAACCGAGCAAAAUUUCAGGUCCAAACAUCUGUAUGACCUUCUGAUGACCACUCAGCAUAUUUGCAAGGACGAACUCGGUGGGUUCAAGGAUCUGUUGAACAUGAUCAGAUCCGAUGCGGCAAUGGAUGAGGCAGACCUAGACCAACAACGUGCCCAGUUCUUCAAGUAUGACUAUUUUGAGAGUUUGAAGAGCGGAGACAUUGAGGUCAAGGAGGUGGAAAAAGAGCUUGAGACGGAGCUAGUCCAGAUCAAAACGUUUCUGAAAAGACCCGCAAUGACAUACGAUUGUCAUGCAAAUGAUCCUUACCUAGUUUCAGUCAGAAACACCCAGGUCAAAUCGUUACCUUCAGAUUGGGUCAAGAUCAGCGGUACCAAAUCUGUCUCCAGAUUCAAAACGCCGGAAAUGGUUCGACUCCAGAAACAAUUGCAAUACAAACAGGGACUUCUUCUUCAAGAAUGCGAUCGUUGCUAUUUGGAAUUCCUGGAGAAGAUCGACCAAUCGUUCAUCCUGCUGAAGAGGCUCGUGAACACGCUUGCUGAGCUCGACUGUCUGUUUUCUCUGGCAGCUGUGGCUAUUGGAAACUCUGAUUAUACGAGGCCAACUUUUGUGCAUAAGCAGGUGAUUUCCUUGAGAAAAUCGAGGAAUCCUGUGGCUGAAGUUGUGCAUUCUUCCAAGCAUUACAUCGCAAACGAUGUGGAGAUGUCCGAAGAAGACUCGCGUAUAUUGAUUGUGACAGGGCCGAACAUGGGCGGAAAAAGCUCUUUCAUCAAGCAAAUUGCGCUAACAGUGAUAAUGGCUCAAAUGGGGAGUUUUGUCCCUGCGGAAACUGCCACUCUGGGCGUAUUUGACUCGGUAUUCAUCAGAAUGGGUGCCCAAGACGAGAUCAUGAAGGGUAAAUCCACAUUUGAGGUGGAAUUGAGCGAAUGCUCCACUAUACUGAGGCAAUGCACCGACAAGUCGCUGGUAUUGCUAGACGAGGUUGGAAGAGGAACUUCAGCCACGGACGGUCUCGCUAUAGCCCAUUCUAUCUUGGACUUUCUCAUCACCACUGAAGGAAAACGUCCUUUCACCUUAUUCAUCACCCAUUUCCCAGCCCUCGAGUCAUUCGAGGAUUCGCACGGACCAGUCGUCAAAAAUGUACAUAUGGGCUAUCGUCUUGAAAAAUCCUCGGGCUCGGAUGUUGAAGAUUUGGUGUUCCUGUAUAAGCUAGCCCGAGGCGUGUGUCGUGAGUCGUAUGGCUUGAACGCUGCUAGGUUGGCCAAUAUUGAUGAAAGAAUCUUGAAAAGAGGUCUUGAAAUAUCAUCCAGAAUGAGGGCUGAUCACUCAUUGGGGUGGGGACUCAACGUUGGUACUGGUUUGAAGAAUGCCCUGGAUGACCCCAGAGCCAUUCACACAUUGUUACGGCGUCUGUCAUAA